GCAUGAUUAUCAUUUUUUGUUAAUUUAAUUUAAUAAUGGUUAAUGUGAAAAACAGAGGAAACUAGAAGAAGAGAGUUUUGGCAGGAGAUGUAGGUGGCGGGAGUGGGUUGGGCGAGAGAGAUGAUGGUGACGGUGCAGCUCCAAAUCUUCUCUAAUCUUUUGACACUUUUCUAUAAAACUCCCCAAACUGAUUCUCUCUGACUGCCUCAUAAGUCAUUAUAAUAGUUUCCCCCGGAUUGUUUUUUCUUUCUUUUUGCUAAUCAUCAUCGGUUUCUUCUAAUCAAAAAAAAAAACAAAAAAAAAAGAGGGACUACGUUCGUACAAUCCCAUCCUUGGUAUGGAUUUCUGGCCGGAGUUUAUGGCGACCAGCUGGGGAAGAGAGUUCGUCGCCGGUGGUUUCGGUGGCGUCGCCGGCAUCAUCUCCGGCUACCCCUUGGACACCCUCAGAAUUCGCCAGCAACAGAGCUCGAAAUCUGGAUCUGCCUUCUCCAUUCUCCGGCGGAUGCUCGCCAUUGAGGGUCCCUCCUCUCUCUACAGAGGCAUGGCUGCGCCUUUGGCCUCCGUCACUUUUCAGAAUGCUAUGGUAUUCCAGAUAUACGCCAUAUUCUCUCGCUCUUUUGAUUCCUCUGUUCCUCUGGUAGAGCCUCCUUCCUACAGAGGCGUUGCUCUUGGUGGUGUUGCCACCGGUGCUGUACAGAGCCUCUUGCUCACCCCUGUCGAGCUCAUCAAGAUUCGUCUCCAGCUUCAGCAGACUAAGUCUGGUCCCAUCACCUUGGCCAAGAGCAUCCUUAGGAGACAGGGCCUUCAGGGGCUUUACAGAGGCCUCACCAUCACCGUGCUCCGAGAUGCUCCCGCUCAUGGCCUCUACUUCUGGACCUAUGAGUACGUCAGAGAAAGGCUUCACCCCGGCUGCAGAAAGACCGGACAAGAAAACCUCAGGACCAUGCUCGUGGCUGGUGGCCUUGCUGGAGUGGCCAGCUGGGUCGCUUGUUAUCCUCUUGAUGUCGUCAAGACCAGACUCCAACAAGGUCAUGGGGCUUACGAGGGCAUUGCCGAUUGUUUUCGCAAGAGCGUCAAACAGGAAGGCUAUACGGUUCUCUGGCGUGGCCUCGGGACUGCAGUUGCCAGGGCCUUUGUGGUCAACGGUGCUAUCUUUGCUGCUUAUGAGGUAGCCUUGCGGUGUCUAUUCAAUCAAUCGCCAUCCCCAGAUAUUGUCACAGGAGAUUGAGUGAGUAAAGGGCAAAGAAGGUUCAUUAGUUGCAGUCUGGACCUGUGAAUGUAGUUAAUAUUAGCACAUAGUUUGAGAUGGAUUUGGAUUGCAUAGCAUUGGUCAAACAAAUCUGACUCGCUUUAGGGAUCAGGCAGUUUACUAAUCACAGUUGAUCAUAGAGACGUUCCAGAAAUGAUUACAAACCCCAAAGAAAACAGAUGAAAUGAAAAUUCUGUUACUAUAUACUUCUCUCUCCACUUCUUUGCUAAUGGUUUUUGUAGAUACUCAAAAUAAGAGUGCCAAGGAAGUCCUCCAACAUGUUCCCAUAGACACGGUCACUAAUGCUGAUUGGUUUCGGAUGAAUUUUCAACAUUUUUAUGUUUAAAGAAUUGGUGCAACAGUCUGUGAACAUCUCCAUAGCCUUUGGUGGAAUAAAUAAGACGAUCUUUGAUCCACUUUGGGAGCUUGUUGGAUGGAUGAGAAUGAGAUGUUCUUUUGGAUGGAUCAUUAGAAUAUCGAGCAUCUACCAGUAAAAUGGAUGCAUAGUCCUUUUCGUGUCUGAUUGCCCUACCUGAAAAACAAGCCGG